AUGCCGGCAGUGAGGGAAGCUACAAGGCGCAGCUACGAGGAUGCCAUCAAUCUGUUGAACUCGACGCAGUCAGGUCACAAGGCCCUGGAAGAAAGGCGGCGUCAUGGUCAGAAGCUAGAUGGAGGCGCAUUGAAGCAGAUGAAGUACUGGCUUGGAUGCCUUGGCUAUACUCCUCGCGAUCUGAACCGCAUGAACAUCGUCCACGUCGCAGGGACCAAAGGUAAAGGGACUACGUGCGCAUACACGAAUUCCAUACUUCAAAGCUUCCACAACGAGUCAAGCGUACCACGAAAGAUUGGUCUAUACACAUCUCCGCAUCUCGUAUCAGUACGAGAGCGAAUAAGACUCGACUCAAAGCCUAUCUCAGAGGAGCUCUUCACUCAAUACUUUUUCGAAGUAUGGGAUGCUCUAUCUGCAAAACAGGAACUGGGUUAUGAAGAAAAGCCGACUUACUUCCGAUUCUUGACUCUUAUGUCAUUCCACGUCUUCAUGCAGGAGAAAGUUGACGCAGCCAUCUACGAGGUCGGGGUUGGCGGUGAGCUUGACUCGACAAAUAUCAUCGAUCAGCCGGUUGCAGUUGCCAUCACGACGCUGGGUAUAGACCACGUCCAGACUCUCGGUACCGCGAUUGAGCAAAUCGCAUGGCACAAGGCGGGGAUAAUGAAAAGGGGGUGCCCUGCUUUCACCGUAGGUCAAGACGCUGCAGCGAUGAAGGUUUUGAGUGACAGAGCAACCGAGAAAGGGGCAAACCUGAUGAAGAUCAACCCGGUACCGGCCCUUGGAGAGAUCAGCAUUUACCCAGACGAAUCUUUCCAAAAGAGGAACGCCUCCCUUGCUAUUCACCUGGCAGGGGCCAUUCUUCAGAGAUGGGGAGCACCUAUUUCAUGGGGCCUUGAUUAUCUCCCAAGCCAGGUUAAACGUGGAUUGGAGACCAUGUCCACGAGAGACGCCCAUGCUUUGCUGAAAGUGGUGCACGAGAGCCUGUAUAAGGCCAACAAGUCUAAGUUUCGAUAUGUUGUGUUUUGCACCAACGUCACUUUCAAAACCCGACAGUCCAAAUCUGAUCUCACCAACUUCAACGUCAACCCCGCAGAGCUCAAAACUCUCCAGGCGCAGAAGGAGAUGGCAGAAACAUGGAGACGCCUCGAUCCUGUUGCUAGGGUGCUUGUGGUUCCUACCGUUGAGGAUUCUACCGACUUCAUACAGAACAUUGGCGGCGGGGGUCCAGAGACUAACGUCUUGGUUACUGGGAGCUUUUACCUUGUCGGAGGUUUACUGUCAUUGCUUGAGGACACUGUCUCUUGA